CGCCGCUGUUAUAAAUGCGGAAGGCGAGUGGGGAAAGGGGAGACGGUGACCGAGUUGGGUUGGGUCGAUCGAGCGAGAGAGGUGGGCAGAUCCGCGCUUGUUUCGGGGGAGAGGAAGAGUGAUCGGUGAGACAUGGCGGAGAAGCAGGAGAGGACCAACUUCGCGCUGACCUGCAGUCUACUGAGCCUGUACAUCAAGGAGAAGAAGGGGAGCGUCGCCGACCUCGGGAUCGGGAUCGCGAUCGCCCCGAUUGCCGCCAAAGCUCGUUUUCCUUGUAAAUAUCGAUCGGGUCGCGUCAAAGAUGUGGCCUUUCUUGCUCUUGGCGUUCCAGAUCCGACGCGAUUUAUCGUUUUGAUUGACCUAAUUUUGAUUCAUUCCGUAGGAAAAUCAGGGUUGUUUCGACCGCCGACUACCGUGAGUUGGUUGCCGGAGAGCGACAUCUCGAGCGGAGCUGGCGGCGAGAGGAGAACGGAAGGGGACGAAGUUCCCCAGGGGAACGCCCUGGAGCUGUUUCCCCAGCGUGUUGGUUUCGGCCCCGCUGCGUCGGAGGAUGUUAGGGAUGCGGAAAGCGCCCCACUCACAAUCUUCUAUGGAGGAAAGGUGUCGGUGUUCGACAAUUUCCCGGCCGAGAAGGCCAAUGAUCUGAUGCAGCUUGCGAUCAAGGGCAACUCAACCGCACCGAACUUUGGCUAUGUGCCCGCUUCCUCAAGCUCGGCUAUGUCAAGUUCGACAGCCCUUUCGGAUCAAAAUCCGACCUUGCCCAAAUCUGCAAACGCUUCAUUGGCUUCCCAUGUCCGUCUGCCCAGAUCAGCACAAUCUGGCCUUUCUGAUCUUCCUAUUGCUAGAAAGGCUUCGCUCCAGCGAUUCCUCGAGAAGAGAAAGGAUCGGAUCAAUGCAAGAGCACCGUAUCAAGUCACUGCCUCCACCGGAAUGGGAGUACCUGUCGAGCAAGAAGGCAGCAGAGCAUGGCUUGGAUUGGGUCCUCGGUCCUCAAUUGCCAGCCUCACAAAAUGAAGUCAAACACAGAUGCUAUCCUGCUUGAAGCCAAUCGAUCACUCACAAGUUUGGACUACUUACUUUUUUUUGAGGAACUUGCGUUCCUUUUCUAAGAAGAUCUUUCGAUGUUGUCACCGACAGACUUAGAUCUCACAGUUAUUCUGAAACUGUAGCUCAUGCUUCCAUAUAGGAAUCAUGGGGGAAAUAUGUAUGUUUGAAAUCUUAGUAGCAGGAGUGUUGUUCCCCUGUCAUAGUACCCGAAACAAAUCAUGGCUGUUCAAUAGAAUUAACUUUUUAAUCUUA